ACUUAGUCGAACACUCUAUAGAUAUCUUGCUAGUGAAGAUGUUCCUGAUUUUCCAGACGUUAAAUAGUAUUCAGAACAUGUGCGUGAAAGCCAAUACUUGCUUCAAAUUGUAAAAUGUAUAAAUACAGAAUGCUGUCAGAUUACUAGACAACAGGUUUCUUCCACCACCUGUAAAAAUAAAACAAACAGUUGAUGACUUGGUUUUGAAUGAAGGAGGGCAAUUUUUUUGAUCUUCCAGUCAAUUUAGCUCUACGCUUAAGUACUUCACUCAAAGAUUUCCUGCAAAUGCCCUACGAUUAUUUUUGUCCGACGGUAAAAUUGAGGCUAUCAAGUCGAACAUGCAAAACGUGUGGUCUUUAUCAUGCUUCCGUCAAGUCACUAAAUCGUCACAUCGAGAAGAUCCAUAAAAAAGUAAACACGCACACUGGUAGGAAAGUUAGACCUUUAAGAGUCGCUACUCGUCGUGCUAAUGAACUGAUGUGCAUUGUUCAAAAUUUAGAGCUCCAUGAUAUUGAAUAGCUCGAUGAGAACGACGACGUUACCGUGAGAGAG